AUUGACAGUAGACUUAAUGACAACUUAAGUUACAUUUAUUUACAAAGAGUUUAUGGUUGUUUUGAUUAAAUCUUUCAUAUUCUUUCACAUUUGAUUAAAUAAAAAAUGGUUUAUAACGAAAAUUAAUCAAGACUGAACAUUUAUGUAGAUAAUUUUGAAUCUUUAAGAAUAUUUCUAUAGCAUGCUGCGUUUUCUGUUACAUUUAAAUAGAAACCACACCAGUUUAACAAUUUUGUGGUUCCAUCAAGGUGCCUAAUCUUAAAUUUGAUUUAAUUAAAAAUAUGUCCGAUAAAUGGGAUGAAUAUGAUAAAGAUUCAAGAGUCGCAUGUAAGUAUGGAUCAAAAUGCUAUCAAAAAAACCCUAAUCAUCAUGCCACAUACAAACAUCCACCGCAACAAAAGCGCGGUAAAAAACAAAAUAAUCGUCUGCAUCCCUAUAAAAAAGCAAAUAAACCAGAAAUUCAGACUAAUCCAGAUAAAAACGAGAAAGAAAGCAAGAAACUAAAAGAAGCUUCUACAUCUUCAUCAAUAAAUAAAACACAUGAAGAUAAUAUUUUACCUGACAAAUAUGAAACCACAUCUCACCUACAGAUACCGGAGACUAUAACCUAUUAUGAUAAAGACACCGACCCCAGUAUUCUAAAGGAAUUAUUUUUAGUUGAAAUGCCCCCUGAUUUUUUCAAAUUCUAUGAAGCUCUAAAUGGAAUUGACAAUACUAUUGAGAAAACAUUGUCAAGUGUCAAUCUGGAACUGAUUGGCCCAUAUGAUCUGUUGAUGGGAAAGUUACCUAAAUUGGAUGAUAAAGAAUUAUAUUUAAUUCACUGGAGAUUCUUUUAUGAUCCUCCAGAAUUUCAGGCUGUUUUGAAGAAAAAAGGGAAUAGUCAAUAUCAUAUUGGUUACUUCAGAGAUAUCCCUGAUGAGAAACCAGUGUUCUUGGCAAGCAAUGAUAGUGCCAAGGGUUGCAGCAUUAAUCUAAUGUCUGACAAUAUAUUUGGGGCUGUUUAUAUGUACUUGCAAGAUGAAAAGAAAUCAUCUCCAUUUACCGCAAUGGCUUGUGAUAAACUUAUAAGCAAGAUAAAAAAAAUUGCUGAAGAAAAUAAUUACUCUCUAGAGGAAUACAAUUUAAAGAAAAGAUGGUCCCAGGCAGUAACCAAAACAUUCCAUGGAGCAGGGAUUGUAGUGCCUUAUAAUAAGAAAACUGAACUUGGUUAUAGACAUUUAAUAGAAUCUGAUGCAAAUAUAAAAAAGAUGUUUGCCAAACUUCAAGCAGCAGAUUCUCAAAGUGAAAAGGAUAAAAUACUCUCUGAAUUACAACCAGUGAUAACAUAUGCCAAUAUAGCAGUAGACGAGUGUGACUUUGGCACAGGUUUAGAAAUUGGAAUAGCUUUAUUUUGUUCGGGACUGAAGAUACUUGAACAGAAUGCGCUGAAUAAUCUGACUACAACAUACACUUUACUGCAAAGGACAGCGUUCAAUAAAAUAGUCCAGGCGCAUAUCAAAUAUCGUCGCAGGGGAUCGAAUAUGUCCGUGUUAGCCUCUAGUCCGUAGUUUAAUGAAGGAGGAAAUGGAAGCAAGUAUAUAAAAAAAUAAGACGAAGGAAUAACUGUUAUUAACAUCUGGCCUUAUGCCACUGUGAUAUAAUAGAUUUUUUGUAAUUUGAUGCUUGUGUGUGAACUUGAACUUGAUGCACCAUUCCCAGCCAGGACAAGCCUGUUCCGGUAAAACCGGUACACUAGAGACGCGUAAAUUUUAAGGAGUAACACACUCUAGAAUGUAGGAUAGGACGGUCGGCUAGCCGCAACCGCCGACACAACCGACCGACUAUUCAGCUUGAAGCCAGUAUAAGACAUUAAGUAGAGACGGAGUUAGUCAGCCAGGAUUGAGCGCAGCUUGGCUGUUGGUAGGCAGUCUUGCCUUGGACGUUGUAAUGGUAUUUCUAAUAUCAGAUUGGCUCCUAUGUGACUUCGGCGUGUUCCAGUAUCCUAUUCUGUCGAUGCAAUGUUUUCUGUAUCGCUUUUGCCGUCCUUUUCUACCAGCUCGAAUAUUUUUCUUGCUUCAUAUUUGAGUUUAUUUCGAUCUCUGGCUAGUUGUUGCCUUUCAAUUGAUGGAUUAUCAUAAUAUUUAAAAUCUUGCUGGAAUGAAUCUCUCCAUGUGAAUAUUGGCCGUCAUCCUAUUUUCAAUUUUUUUUUUUUUGCUGUGACAAUGCCUGCGUGCAGUAGAUGCGGCGCUUCUCUUCUUACUAUAAGUCCCUAGUAACAUAUUCUUAAAAAUUUAACACGUUUAGUAAUUGUCUCUCCGUCAAAUAUAUCGCUGACUUUUUGAGCCCUUGGUGGAUUUCUUGAGUUGUUGAUCAUGUCAGCUAGUAUAUAUACGUUCGUAUCUUCUGAGGGCUGAUCUAUUCGCUUUCGUAAUCGCGGCCGCUUUUAGCCUAUAUUUCAUUAUUGGUUCAAUUAUCAUUUUGUAUAGCAGUCGUGUCGUUUACCAUGGCAUGUUUUUUUUAAAAAGGGGAUUAAUGCUUUUGAAUUUUUGCUGGCUUGUUUACGUGUUCUGAUUGUGCUUUUCGAUUAUGCUCUGAACAUAUAUAUAUGUACCUAAAUAUUUGGUUUCCAUUACGGGUUAUAGUGGUUGCUGCCAGAGUAGUUUCUUUGUAAUUGUUUGUGCGAUGAACUCUAGCCUCACAUUCAAAACCUUGCAACUAAAUUAAGUUCUGCGUUAUAUGCUGUACGCAGGGUUAAACAGUAUACGAAUAUUGAGACUGCUUGAUUAGUCUAUUUUAGUUACUUUCAUAGUAUACAUUUCAUAUGGAAUAUUAUUAUGGGGUAAAGCAGCCGACAUCCAAAGCAUAUUUGUAUUACAAAAACGUGCUGUUCGCACAAUUUAUUCUAUGGGAAGUCGUGAAUCAUUAAGAGAAAAAUUUAAAGAAGCAAAUAUUCUCGCCGUAACUUCACAAUAUAUAUACACAAACAUUAUGUAUAUACGUAGACUGUUUCUUAACAGCGAUCUGAAUAAUCUUAACACUAGAUACAAACUUGCCGUCCCGAAGCAUCGUUUAGAAAAAGUUAAUAGGUCUUUUAUGGGAAUGGGCAUUAAAUGUUAUAAGAUACCGAAGAAUAUUUUGGAUCUACCUUUUAAUACAUUUAAAACUGUUAUUAAAAAACACUUAUUGAACAAAAUUUACACUCUAAAUAAUUACUUGAGUGACAAGCAUGCGAAAAAUUUUGUUCUGUAGUCCGAUUCUCUUAAAAAUAAAUCAUUCUAUUAAGAAUUGCUACAGGUAAAGUGUGCGAAAUAUUUUAAAUAAUGCCGAUUUAAUGUGAAUUCAAAUUAUUGUACUGCUAAUGAUUGUCUCAUUCCAAAAACUCAUGAAAAUAAUAAACUCUAUUUUUGCUUAAUGUCAUUUAUUAUUUAUAUAACAAUUUAGAUAUCAAUGUAUGUGUAGUAUUUAUUCAAAUGCCAGUCAAAUCAUUGCCAUUAUGGUUUUAGCGCUUAAAAUGGAAAUUUUUAUAUCAUUUUUAAAAUAAUCUGAUAUUGUUGAGUGGCGACGUGUGAAUGGAUUGUUCAUCGCGAAAUUCUGUCAAAUAUGUACUCAAAUAAACGGAUUAAUUUACA